UUUUAAUUAGUGCCGUUCUGAUGAGGGUGAGGGAACAUCUCAUCAUUUUGAUUUGAUUUGAUUUGCAUCUUCAUAAUGGCUAAUAAUGGUGAGCAUCUUUUCAUGUACUUGUUGGCCAUUUGAAUAUACUCUUUGGUGAAUUAUCUCUUAAGUCCUUUGUCCAUUUUUUGAUUGGGUUGUCUUUGUGUUUUUAAGUUGUAGAGGUUUUAUAUGUAUUUUGGAUAUUAGACUCUUCUUUAUGGUUUCCUAAAAUUUUCUCCCAAUCUGUAGGUUGUCUUUUCACUUUGGUAAUAAAGCCCUUUGAUGUGCAUACCUAUGCUUUUUGUAUUAAAUUUUGAAUUGGAAGCAGUGUCUGCUAGCCUUUAUCACUGUUCUUAAGAUAUAAGUGGAUUUAGCUUGAUGUAUUGAGAAGUGCACAUCAGGAAAUCAGGAUUUGAGUUUGGGUCUUCUAGCCACAUAACUAGUCAUAUAACUGCACUGGACGUUUUACAAUAAAGGGGUUAGAGUCCUUUAUUCUGUGAGAGUCUCUUGGAUUAUAAUGGUUUAAGAUUCCAAAGGUUAUGCUGAUCACCUGUGCUUUGUGGUUUGUGUUCUUGCCAGUAGUGGGGAAGGAUUUACAGAGGCCUAUCAGUGGCUUCUUAGUUUGUUUAAUGGUCACUGAUACAUUUCUCUGUGGGCUCAUUGAUACUAGGAACAUGCUAACAUGAACAGAGGAAAGACAACUUGCUCAUGUAAUAAAUAACCUCUGGUUUUUGGCUGAUUAGUGUUAGGUUUAGACACAGACUGAAAUGCCUCCAUGACUUUAGCAGUGAAGACUGUAUAGCCAGUGGUGGGUGGUUUGAGACCAUAAAAAAAGGUUGCUGCAGUCAGAUGCUGGCUUGUUCAGGGUGAUGAUACAGUUAGUUCAUUCAGAGGUAUGAAAAAAGUAAGUUCUGUAAUAAACUCCUGUGAUGAGACAUGGUCUAUUUUUGCUUAAUGAAUAAUACUUUGAGCUAAUAUAAUAGAAAACUGUUUUCUGAUCAUUAGCUAGACAGAUGACUUCAAGUAAUGUAUAAACUGCAGCAGAGAUUGCUGUCGAUGAGAUAUUGCAGGAUCCCAAGCUGCUUCUGUAUUUUCAAAUGGUUUCUCAUUUUUGGCUUGCUGCCAACUAGAAGUUUUUCACUCGUAGCCUCAGCUGAAAUUUGAAAUAGUUUAAACUGUUUUAAGUGUAUUUGAAAUUUGUCAGUUUUUAUGACCUUUAUUAACUAGUAUUUAUUUUGUACUUUUUUUGAGCCCAGUGUGUGCUGCCUGACUCUUAUGAGACAUUAAGUUUUAUCAAUAAAAUGUAAGCUCCAUGAAGGCAGAGAUUUUUGUCUGUUGCAUAUUGUAUUGCCAGCAUCUAGAACAGUGCUUGGCAGAUAAUCUAUACAUACUUGUUGGAUGAAUUGUUGAUUAAGUAAGUUGGAGACUGGAAAUUAGUUUUAAGAUCAGUUUUAGGGCUAAUAUAGAUGGCAUCAUAACUUACUUUAAACCUACAUGGCUGCCCUAAAAUGGUUUUGCACUGAGGUGUAUCUGAAUUGAAAUUAGUUCUUUAAUUUCCUUUCAGAUAUAAUAUUAAUGACCGAGUUUACAGAAUCAUCUAAAGUGGCUUAGUUGCUUUUGAAGUAUAGGUACUGAGGAUUAGGGUUAACAUAAAGGCGAAAGAGGAAAAACAUCUAAACCGGUAGCCCCGAGGUGCGACAGGGUUCUGUCGUAACUUGGUUCUGACAUAAGUCAAAUACUGCUUUUUUUUUCCCAUCAUUAUUGCCUUUAUAAAUCCAAUCUUUGAACUUCUGCAAAUGAACAUCUGAGAAUGAAAACAUCAGCAAAUUACGUGCUUAAACGUUGUGUGUAAUACAUAUUACUAAUGAUAAGAUGAAAAAAAAAAAGCCAAAAGUAUGGUUUGUCAUAACUCAAAUAUGUCAUAAGUCGGAGACUACCUGUAGUCAAAUGUUAGUAUUAAAAAGUUUGUUUUUUGCUUAUAAGAGUUAACAUGUUAUCAAAUCAGGAAAUGAAAAAAAUAAAUGAAGUAAAAAAGUCACCCAUUUUACCACAUAGAGAUAACCAUUGUUAACAUUUUGGCAUAUUUCUUUCUUGUCCUUUUCUCUGUGGAUUUUAAUUUUAAUGGACUUAAAUUCUGUUCUUUUUUGUAACAAAAUAACUAAGGUCAAAUUACAUAUAUACUUUUGUAUCUUGCGUAUUUUGUUAUUAACUAUCUGCCAUCGUUUAAACUCACUUUUGGAAUAGUUUUACAUUAAUUUGGAAUGUAAAUGAACUUUUUUGUUUCUUUGGAAAGGUUCUUUUGGGAUAUUAUUUCACCUUCAGUUUAUAGCUCAGAAGUUAGGACUGCACAUUAGAAAGAGAAGAGUGCAAACCGUUAUCAAUAAGUGAAAGUUUUUUGAGUUGUUGUGCCAGGAAUGAAUUAUUUACAACAUUAAAACUCAAUGUAGUGUCACCAGUUUUUUUUUUCCUGUAGUUAUUUACAUUUCUUUAUUAUCCCUUGAACCCAUCCUCAUCCACAUGUUCAAGUAUAGUAAAUUGGAAAAAAAGAGUCUAGUGGCCAGGGUGGCAUUUGUUAUAUCUCUUUGAUUUUCUUAAUUGGUUUUCAGAAACUGUUAGUAUGUAUUAUAAGGUGUGAUUGAAGGAAGGAGGAAAAGGCCAUGAGGGAUGUAUGUGAGUUUAAAGCAGUAAGAUUGAAAUGUGGGAAUAUUAAGUGUCACCAGACUACUGAUUUGUUUCAGCUCCCCUCUCUCCUUUGAUGUACAUGUAUCAAGUAAAAAUAUGUAGACAGGUAGUUGAACAGAAGGGUUAUAUUUUUAAAACAAAAUUUUAGCAUGACAAGGGGGAAAAAUCUAAGUGGAAAUACAGAAAGCCAGAAUAUGAUAAGCUGACAUUGAGAAUGGAAAAGGACAAACCUUGAAGAUAGAAUGGAGAAAUGUAAGAAAGAGUGAGUGAGAUGACUACUGAUCCUUUUUCCAGGCCCUAGAGAAUAAAGUAGGAUGCAGAAUUUGAACUCUGAAAGAUGAGUUACAGGAAGUUAAAAGUAUACUCAGGAAUGGAAUGGUCAGAGGGGAGUAGGUUGUGGUGAGUGACCAGCAUAAAUAAAGUUUCAGGCUUGAAAAUAAGCAUGACAUUUGCUGGCUUGUAAGGAUCCUAAUCUGUGUGUUUGGAGUGGAGGAUUUUUGUGGUACUCAAGGUAAUAGGUCCAGAUUCUAGGGGACUUUGUAUAAAUAUAAGAUUAGGAGGUUAGAGCUCUCCUGUAUGAAGCCAUUCCCUUUUAUUUUAAAAAAUAGGUUUAUUAAGAUAUAAUUCAUAUACCAGACAACUUGCCUAUUUAGAGUAUACAAUUCACUGGUCUUGAACGUAUUCACAGAAUUGUGUAGUCAUCACCGUAAUCAAUUUUGGAACAUUUUCAUCAACCCCAAAAGAAACCGGUUGUUUUUAGGUGACCUCGGGUCGAUUUUGUCUCAUAGCAACACUGUGUGCAACAGAACGAAGCACUGCCCGGUUCUGUGCCAUCCUCACAGUCGUUGCUAUGUUUGAGCCCAUUGUUGUAGCCACUGUGUCACUCCAUGUCUUUGAGGAUCUAUCUCUUUUUUGCUGACCCUCUGUUUUACCAAGCAUGGUGUCCUGGACCUGUCUCAUAACAUAUCCAGAGUAUGUGAGAUGAAAUUUUGCUAUGAGUUGGAAUUGACUUGACGGCAGUGGGUUGCUUCAGAUGAGCAUUCUGGCUAUAGUUUUUCCAGGACGGAUUUGUUCAUUCUGGCAGUCUGCAGUAUCUUCAAUAUUCUUUGCUAACACCGUAAUUCAGUAUCAUGGCUUGGGUCAGGUGCACCUUAGCCCUUAAAGUGACCUCUUUGCUUUUUGACACAUUAAAGAGAUUUCUUGCAGCAGAUUUGCCUUCCCAAUGAGAUGUGUCGUCUAAUUACUUGAGUGCUUCUUCCCUGGGCGAUUUGGAUCCAAGCAAAAUGAAAUCCAUGACAACUUCAAUCUUUUCUCCACUUAACAUGUUGCUUUUUGGUCCAGUUGUGAGGAUUUUUGUUUUCUUUACGUUGAGGUGUAAUCCAUGUUGAAGGCUAUGGUCUUUGAUCUUCAUCAGUAAGUGCUUCAAGUCCUCUUCAUUUUCAGCAAGCAAGGUUGUGUUGUCUGCAUAUUACAGGGUGUUAAUGAGUCUUCCUCCAAUCCUGAUGCACCAUUUUUCUUCAUAUAGCACAGGUUCUUGUGUUACUUGCUUAGCGUACAGAUUGAAUGAGUAUGGUGAGAGGAUACAACCCCGAUGUACACCUUUCCUGACUUUAAACGAGGUGGUAUCCCCUUGUUCUGUUUGAACAACUGCCUCUUAGUCUAAGUACAGAUACCUCAUGAGCACAAUUAAGGGUUCUGGAAUUCCCAUUCUUUGCAGUGUUAUCCAUAAUUUGUUAUGAUUCACAGAGUUGAAUGCCUUUGCAUAGUCAGUAAAACACAGGUAAACAUCUUUCUGAUGUUCUCUACUUUCAGCCAAGACCCAUCUGACAUCAGCAGUCAUAUCCCUUGUUCCACAUCCUCUUCUGAAUCCAGCUUGAAUUUCUGGCAGCUCCCUGUCGAUGUACUGUUGUGGCAGCUUUUGAUUGAUCUUCAGCAAAACUUUAUUGUGUGUGAUAUUAAUGAUACUGUUUGAUAAUUUCCACAUUCUGUUGGAUCUCCUUUCUUUGGAAUGGGUACAAAUAUGGAUCUCUUCCAGUCAGUGGGCCAGGUAGCUGUCUUCCAAAUUUCUUGGCAUAGAUGACUGAGUGUUUCCAGCGUUGCAUCUCUUUUUUGAAACAUCUCAACUGGUAGUCUGUCCUUUUCUGGAGUCUUGUUUUUCUCCAGUGCCUUCAGUGCACCUUGGACCUCUUUUUUCAGUACCAUUGGUUCUUGAUCAUACACUAUCUUCUGAAAUGGUUGAACAUCAACCAGUUCUUUUUGGUACAGUGACUGUGUAUUGCUUACAUCUUCUUUUGAUUCUUCCACAUCAUUUAAUAUUUUCCCCGAAGAAUCCUUCAAUAUUGCAACUCGAGGCUUAAAUUUUUUCCUCAGUUCUUUCAACUUGAGAAAUGCCGAGCAUGUUUUUCUCUUUUGGUUUUCUAUCUCCAGGUCUUUGCAUAUGUUAUUAUAAUAUUUUGACUUCUUGGGUUGCCCUUUGAAUUCUUCUGUUCAACUCUUUUACUUCAUAAUUUUUUCCUUUCGUGUUAGCUACUCAACAUUCAAGAGCCACUUUCAGAGUCUAUUCUGACGUCUGUUUUGGUCUUUUCUUUCUUGUCUUUUUAAUGACGUCUUGCUUUCUUCAUGUAUGAUGUUCUUGAUUUCAUUCCACAGCUCAUCUGAUCUUCGGUCAUUAGUGUUAAAUGCAUCAAAUCUAUUCUUGAGAUGGUCUCUAAAUUCAGGUGGGACACACUCAAGGUUGUACUUUGACUCUCGCGGACUUGUUCUAAUUUUCUUCAGCUUCAACUUGCGUAUGAAUAAUUGGUGGUUUCUUCUACAGUCAGCCUCUGGCCUUGUUCUGACUGACCAUAUUGAGCUUUUCUGUCGUCUGUUUCCACGGACAUAGUCGAUUUGAUUCCUGUGUAUUCCAUCUGGCGAGGUCCACAUGUAUAGUCACUGGUUAUGUUGUUGAAGAAAGGUAUUUGCAGUGAAGAAGUCAUUGGUCUUGCAAAAUUCUGUCAUGCGAUCUCCAACAUUGUUUCUGUCACCAAGGCCAUAUUUUCCAACUACCAAUCCGUCUUCCUUGUUUUCAGCUUUUGCAUUCCAAUCACCAGUAAUUAUCAAUGCAUCUUGAUUGCUUAUUUGGUCAAUUUCACACUGCAGAAGUUAGUAAAGAUCUUCAGUUUCUUCACCUGUCAGCACUCUCCAUUUCCCGCAGUUCUCCCUGGCCUACACAAUCACCAGUCUAUUCUGCCUCUAUUGUUGUUAGGUGCUCUGAGUUGGCUCCGACUCAUAGCGACCUUAUGGAUAACAGAACAAAAAUGUUGCCUGGUCCUGUGCCAAUCAAUGAACUCAAAUACAGUCAUUACUGUGUCAAUCCAUCUCAUUGUUUUCGCUGACGCACUCUCUACCGACCAUGAUACUUGAUUUGCCUAUUCUGAACAUUUCUUUUGAAUGGAACAGUGCAGUAUGUGUUCAUUUUUAACUGGCUUCUCUUACUUGGCAGAAUGCUUUCACGGUUCAUCCUUGUUGUAGCAUGUAUCAGUACUUCAUUUAUUUUUGUUGCAGAAUAAUAUUCCAUGUACCAUAUUUUAUUUAUCUGUUCAUCAGCUGGUGGUUAUUUGGAUUGUUUCAGCUUUUUGGGUAUUAUGAAUAACGUUGCUGUGAAGAUCUGUGAAUGUUCUUUGUGGAUGUAUGUUUUCAUUUCUCAUGGGUUUAUGAGUGGAAUUGCUGAAUGAUAUCAUAAGUCCAUGUUUAACAUUUGGAGGAAUCGCCAAACUGUUUUCCAAAGCAGCUACACCAUCGUAUGUUUUUUUGCCAGCAUUGUAUGAGGGUCCCACCUUUCUCUACAUCUUUACCAGCUCUUGGUGUUACCUGCCCUUUUGAUCAUAAGCCCUCCUACUGGAUGCUAAGUGAUAACGCAUUAUAGUCAUUUGAAGGUAAAGUAUGGGCAUUGGAUUAUUUUCCUGUCAUGUGAAGAUGACUCAUUGCGGGUUUUGGUUUGCAUCUGCCUGAAAGCUGAUGUCGUUGAGCAUCUUUUUAUGUGCUCACUGGCAGUUCGUUGUUCUUGGAGAAGUGUCUGUUCAUAUCCUUUGCCCAGUUUUUAAUUGGGCUAUUUGUCUUUAUAUUAUUGAGUUGUAAGAUUUCUUUAUACAUUCUGGUUCCGUAUUAAAGAUAACGAUUUGCAAAUACUUUUUCUUAUUCUGUGGGCUGUUUUUUCACUUUCUAGUUUUUAAUUUUGAUGAAGUCCAGUUUAUUUAAUUUUUUAAAUAAUAUUGUAUUUUAGGUGAAAGUUUACACAGCAAGUUAGUUUGCCUUUAACAAUUUUUUUUAAUCAUUUUUAUUGUGCUUUACAUGAAAGUUUACAAAUCAAGUCAGUCUCUCACACGAAAACCCAUAUACAUCUUGCUACACACUCCCAAUUACUCUCCCCCUAAUGGGACAGCCCGCUCUCUCCCUCCACUCUCUCUUUUCGUGUCCUUUUCGCCAGCUUCUAACCCCCUCCACCCUUUCAUCUCCCCUCCAGGCAGGAGAUGCCAGCAUAGUCUCAAGUGUCCACCUGAUCCAAGAAGUUCACUCGUCACCAACAUUCCUCUCCAACCCACUGUCCAGUCCAAUCCAUGUCUGAAGAGUUGGCUUCAGGAAUGGUUCCUGUCCUGGGCCAAGAGAAGAAUUCCUAGAGGACCUGUACAGCAACCUCUGGAGGAUCGAAUCUUCACUCCAACGGUCUCGGCAGUAUACAGCACGGUAACGCAAGUAGCAAGACAACCGGGACCGCCCACCCCUUCCCCUUAUUCAGCACAUGAAAUAAACAAGGGACAUCCAAAUCUUGCGGCAACGCCCCCGGGACAUGCAUCGUCCCCUGGACUCUCUCAGACCCCGUAUCCCUCUGGACAGAAUGCAGGUCCAACCACGCUGGUGUACCCCCAAGCCCCUCAAACAAUGAAUUCACAACCUCAAACCCGUUCUCCGCCCAGCAGAACAGUGCCAAUACAUUGCACAGACAACUGGAAGAGGAGGAAGGUUUUGGAACAGACUCCUGUUUACAGGUCCUUGGCUGGAAGAGGCUGGAUAAAAUACUGCAUUUUUUUCCAGAGGCCUCAAAUACAGCCUCCUAGAGCUACCAUCCCGAACAGCAGUCCUUCCAUUCGUCCUGGUGCACAGACACCCACCGCAGUGUAUCAGGCCAACCAGCACAUCAUGAUGGUUAACCAUCUGCCCAUGCCGUACCCAGUGCCCCAGGGUCCUCAGUACUGUAUACCACAGUACCGUCAUAGUGGUCCUCCUUAUGUUGGGCCCCCACAACAGUAUCCAGUUCAGCCACCAGGGCCAGGCCCUUUUUAUCCUGGACCGGGACCUGGGGAUUUCCCCAAUGCUUAUGGAACGCCUUUUUACCCAAGUCAGCCAGUGUAUCAGUCAGCACCUAUCAUAGUGCCUACGCAGCAGCAGCCCCCUCCAGCCAAGAGAGAGAAAAAAACAAUAAGAAUUCGAGAUCCAAACCAGGGAGGUAAAGACAUAACAGAAGAGAUUAUGUCUGGAGGUGGCAGCAGAAAUCCUACUCCACCCAUAGGGAGACCUACAUCCACACCUACUCCUCCUCAGCAGCUGCCCAGCCAGGUGCCCGAGCACAGCCCUGUGGUUUAUGGGACUGUGGAGAGCGUUCAUCUUGCUGCCAGCACCCCUGUUACUGCAGCUAGCGACCAGAAGCAAGAAGAGAAGCCAAAACCAGAUCCAGUGGUAAAGCCUCCUUCUCCAGUUCUUAGGCUAGUCCUUAGUGGAGAGAAGAAAGAACAAGCAGCCCAGGUGUCUGAGACGACUACUGCAAUAGAAUCCACACCAGAGCUUCCUCUGCCUGUGUCACCUACCACUAUUUCUCCAAUUGCGCGUAAUACGAUUGCCUCCCCCGUCUCUGCUGCUCUUAGUAGCCAAUCAAUAUUUACCAGUGCUAUAGAUGACAGAUGUGAACUCUCUUCCCCAAAAGAGGACACAUUUCCUAUACCCAGCCCUACAUGUUGCACAGAAAUAUCAGACCCUUCACCAACAGAUGAAAUUGAUGAUGAUAUAUGCAAGAAACCCUGUAGUGUCGCACCUAAUGAUACUCCACUGAUUUCUAGUACUAACCUCAUUAAUGAAAUGAAUGGAGUUAGUGAAAAAUUACCAGCCACAGAGAGCAUUGUGGAAAUAGUAAAACAGGAGGUGCUGCCAUUGACUCUUGAAUUGGAAAUUCUGGAAAAUCCCCCAGAAGAAAUGAAAGUGGAAUAUGCCCCAGCUCCCAUUACCCCUUCCACAGUUCUUUCCUUUUCUCCAUCUCCUCCAACUCCUCCAGCCUCUCCUCCUCCCACUCCAGCCAUUGUUCCUGCUGCUGCCACUACCAUUAGUACUUCCAGUGCUCCCACCACAGUUCAGGGAGUCUUAGAAGAGGACAAGAGCAUAAGAACUUGCUUUAAUGAAGAUGGAAAAGAGAUUCAAAACAAAAUAGAGGCAGAAGCAGAUGGGCAAACAGAAGAGAUCAUGGAUUCUCAGAGCUUAAAUUCAAGAAAGAGCCCUGUCACAGAAACAUCGAAUGAAUGCUGAAAUUCCUAGUCUGUUUUCUUCAAUGGUGUGUUUGUGUUCUAGUGCAGCCUGCAAAAGAGUUACUCCACUGUCUAAAAAUGCAAGUGGAAAUUUCAAAUAUAUAAAAUGCCUCCAAGGUGUAUGUCAGUAUGCUCGUUCUUUUUGCCUCAUUCAUCUGAAUAAAUUCCUCAGUUGUUAAUUUUGUUUCUUUGGUGCUGGAAACCAGCCAAAACCAGCAUGGUAUCUGUUCCCUAAUCCUGCAUUCUCAGAAUUUUAAAACCCAGUUAAAUCCUAAACUUAAAGGAACUCCUCUAUGCAAAACCUAUUCUUUAAUCUUGGGUUUAAGGAAACAGGAAAAGCUUACAUAACUAGUUUUGAAAAAUAAAAAUGCCCACUCUGAUUAACUCACAGAUCAGUUUAAUGUUCUCUCACUUUUUCUUUUAAAACAGUUGCAUUUUUUUCUGUAAGUUUUUUUAUGGCCAUUAAUGUUAUCAAAGUAUUAUGUUCUUCCCAAUUCAAAAUUAUUUCUUUUUAAUGUAGCACCACCUUGGAUCUUAGGAACUGACCAUUAAAAAAAAAAAACUAUAAUUCUAAUCAGAAGUUACCUGAGACCUAUCAACUAUUUGGUCAGUAGCCCAUAAGUAUAUUGAAGUUUUAGCUUUUAACAAGUCAACAUAGCCUGUCUUCUUUAACAUUGCCCUACACUUUAUAAUUCGUUCUCUGGAAAUCUAUCAGGUAAGUCAUGCUUACUAAGUUGGACAAUUUGACAAAUGAGUGCAAUCCCAACAGUUGAUCUAGAAAUACACCAGGGAGGUUCUACUCACCAACAUCCUCAGUACUUUUUUUUAUCUAUUUUGAGCAGUGUAAUAGAUAGGGAAACUUGACAAAUGAAAAACUUCAUCCUUACUCUUAAGAUGUGACUUUCUUACCCAGCUCAGUUCUUAAGGAAGUUUACUCAUCAGUGUCUAUGAGACGUGUCUGUUCUCUUGAAAGUGUAGAAUAUCUUCUUCAACACAGUAAACCAAAGCAGAAAAGCAAACAAUGCAGGGAAAUUGGGACAGGGAGAAAUUUAUCAUAGAUGUUUGUAAGUUCUGUUGCCUCAAGUGGACUGGGCUCCGUUGGCAUCAGUACUCAUAGUACCGUCACUGUUCUAGGAGCCUUCUCCCUCGGUGGGAGGAUGACCUGGGGCUUUUUUGUCAGUUAGCCUUUGAAAAAACAACCAGCUUUGGUGAGGCAACAGGUGAACACCCCCCAAAGAACACCUUGUUUGUUGGAGAACAGUAAUUUGACCCUUUGUUAUGUCAUAUUAUUUUCCUACCUGUUAGUUGUCAUUCAGCAAUGAUCGAUGCGGUAGUUCUAAAAAUAGGAGAAACUAGUAAAGACAGAUGUUUAAAAAUCUAGGAAGUACAAGUUAAAGAUGCAAACCAUGCCUCAGAACUGAAAUAAGUGCAAAGCAAUACUCUGCACCAAAAUCAUACUUCAUUCUCUUUUAAGCAGUUUAUUGCUCAAGUGGUCUAAUAUUGCAAGAUGGUGCCCAAGGAUAAAUGAACAGACAGAUGAAUAUUUUUGAGUUAAAUAAUCUUUGUCCCAUGGCAGUUUUCUGAAGUACAGAUACUCUUGGAAUUGGAAAUGUAGGUACCAGCACCUUAGUAAAAGCGUAUAGAUUCUUCAGCAAAGAGCCAGGAGAUACCCAGAAAAGGAAACACUGUCCCAAACAUGAUUGGGGAUGACAUAGAGGUUGGUGAUGUCAGGGAAUAAACGGUCUUAACAUUUUUCAAGUCUCGCAAUUUUUUAAACUAUAAAGGUGUUUUAAAGUAACCAAAAUUCUGUUUUUUCCAUUUACAUCUUGCACUCUUCAAAAAUCAACAGUAAAUGAAACUGAAGAACCCAUGCGACUCUCACAUUUUUUAAAUUAUAAAACCACCAGAAACAUUUCUAACCAUUUUAUUUUUGUACAAAUAUUUUUGAAUAUUUGCUACAAAGACUAACAAUGAAAAUUAAAAUCACCUUUAAUCUUUAAAUAUAUCCACCUCGAAGUGGCCAUAUUCUUAAUAACCACAGUCUUACUUGCACUUACUCACUUGUUGUACAUUGUCUACUUUGAGAAGUUAAUAAAUUUUAAAAACAAUUUGGUUUGGAUAUCAGUCUUUUGGUGUUGUCCUUUAAGAAUACCAGUUCUUACUGUCUCAGCUUGAGGAUGAAAAACUUCACAGCUGGCUUCAGAAACCACCUGCUUUUGACAGGUAUAAUACAUAAACACACAGUAUUUGGUAUAGAGGGACUUGCUUAAAACAAUAAUAAAAGUCAAAGCAUAAGGGAUAUAGUCCAUUUCCUUGGGUUGCUGGAAUACCCUUUCCUGCACCUGUACUAGAUGGAAUUCCUGAGGGUAGCAAAAUGCAGCCAUUCUGGACUCUUUGGUGUUGAAGAGCAAGCCAUGCAAAAUGAGAAUUGUGUGUGUGUACUCCAAAAAGCCUCAGAGGUUGGCCAGACUUUUGAUUAUUUGUUCCACACAAUCACUUCAGUAAUUAAAUGUACAAAAAAAUAUGUAUUAAUUGGAUAAUUUUGAAGUCUUAGGAAUGUCUAUUAUAGUUUCUGUAUAUUUGGUAGGGAUUCGGAACUUGUGGAAAAACACCUCCCAUUCAUCAAUUGGGAAUUCAUUUUGUUCAAUUUGUACAAUAAUAGGGAAAUUAAUAAGUGAUUUUUUAAAUUUUUUAUUAUGUCUAUUCAUCAUGGAAACCCUGAUGGUAUAGUGGUUAAGAGCCACAUCUGCUAACCAAAAGGUUGGCAGUUCGAAUCCACCAAGUGCUCCUUGAAAACUAUGGGGCAGUUCUACUCUGUCCUGUAGGGCCACUAUGAGUUGGAAUCAACUUGACAGCAACGGGUCUUUUUUCUUUUUUUAUUCAUCAUAAAUUUAUUAUUUGAAAUUCUUUUGGCAGAGGAAGGCUUUUUUAAUCUUUCUGUUUAAUUUGUAGUGCAUUGCUUCUUUGUGUGUUUUAUUUGUUUUGUGAACUCAUGUUCAGCUAAACUAUUCUGGAUAUAGAUUGAGGGCAAGUCCUUCUAAAGCAGUUUUGUAUUUACCUGAUGUCUUGAGGAAAACACUAACUGGGCCUAAGUCCAAGCUUUAUUUCCUAAACCUACGUUCAUAUCUCAAAUAAAGUAUGAGAGCAUUCCUUGCUUAUCCUAAUUUUCAGAGUGACAGCAGUUUCCUCUCUACCUAGCUGAAACAAAACAUGCUUCCUUGUAAUCACUCUGUGUUGGUUCACUGGUUUAUUUUGUUCUGUUUUGUCUUUUUAGCUACUCUUUCAUUGGUGCUAUCACUCUUUUAAGAGUCUCAGGGAUUUAUGUGAGACUCUUAGCUCCAAGUCCCUAUUUUGCAGAGAUCCAAGAUCUCAUCUCGUCUUUUCCAGAUAGGGGUUAAAAUCUCAGCUCCUUAACUACAGAGAUUAUUGGCACAGCAUCCCACAUCCCUAAUACCACAGUGGCUACAGCCACAGCAAUUGGCCUUUCUUGUUUAUGUGGCUUCCAGAAAUCUCCCUUAGAUUCUUGUGAGCUCAGCCAAGACUGGAAGAGGGUUUCCAGAUUUUGCAAGUUAAAGCUGGGAGAUUUAGUUCUCAAGUGGAGAUAUGAUUGUAUGUUUUAGGAGAUGUUAAUAAAAUACUGAUACGUACAGCCAAUCAAAUUGCUGUUCUUUCUUUUGGUUUAGAUUUAUUUAAGUAUAAAUGGCACAUUCUUGAAUGCAGGAAAAUUUUUUAAUACUCACCUGUGAGAGUAUUAAAGGAUAAAACCAGAAAAAUAAAAGUUUAUCCGUUUGGAUAGGCCAAUCUAAAAAAAAUUCAUUUUUAAAACCAUGCUCUGAAGGUCAGCAGCAGGAAUAAGGAAUUUGAAAUUUGUUCUUAUCUUUGCUAGAUUUACACCUUUUAAGAAAUUGUUGAAAUAUCCUUGGAAGAUUUGCUUGCUGGGGCCUAAAAUAGGUCAGCACUGCUUUGUGUGUCCCACGAGCCUAAUUUCUAUACUACUGUAUACUCUUAUAAUUUGAUCUUUCACGUUCUACUAGAGAAACACUUUCUGGAACCUUGGGAACAGGAUAUUUUACGCGUUCCUGGUUCCAUAUCAUCCACCAAAACUAGCAGAACAACCAUUAAAGCAAGGCUUCUCUUUUUGAGAGACUUGAGUCUAAGUGACCCUGAAGGAAUAAGUAAAUUAAAUCUACUGUUGUUUUCCACCUUAUUUGUAAAAAUAUUUCAAGCAAAGCUGCCUAAAAAGUACAUUUCUGCCAUGUUGGCCCUACUUUUUUUAUUGGUCACCAUGGUGAAAUCUCAAGUCUUGUAAAAGCUUUCCCUUCUUCUCAUAUCCAUAUUUACCUUGUAUACAGAAGCCUUCAGAGCUGUUUCCAGCUGACAAGAUAUCCAAAAUGCAUUUCCUUCAACAUGUAUCUUUUCUUCAUUCACUAUAGCUGUGUUAAUGGUACUUCAGGGUUUUGAUGCAGUCACAGUAGUCAUCUUAAUUUUUAAUAUUUACAAAGACUUUUCUCAGGCAUCUCAAGCAUAUUCUUGUGAUUUAAAUAAUUCCUGGGAUAGAAUUAUUCCUGUUUUGCUGAUGACAAAAAAUAAGCCAUGGAGUAGUAUCAACUUUCUCAGAAUCACAGGGAGAAUUACAACUCAAGCCUUCCUUUACCUCACGUGUCUGUUUUUCUUUUAAACGUGAUUUCUGCACUGAUAUAGUUUCUUUAACAUUUUCAGGAUUUAGGAAUUAAAUAUUUAUGCAUGCAGCCUGGGUUCAAAGGGCAACAUUGAUCGCCCACCUAUUUCAACCGCAAUUAUGUGUUGGCCUACUAUGCAUCAGUCAUUAUUCUAGGCACUUGAAAUUCAACAGUGAACAAUCCAAAGAUUCCUGCCCUAGUGACGUUUACAUUCUAAUUGGGGAAGAAAGACAAUGGAAAAUAGCAUACUAAUAAAAGAUAGAGUAUGAUAGGACGUCUUGAGCGCUAUAAAAAUAGGAUGAUUAUCUGAGCUUCCCUUGUGCGCACAUCUGUGAUUUCACUAUCCCUUUUUCCUUUUGAGAAACCUGUCUAGAAGAACACUACUUGAAUCAGCAUUGUACCCUACCUUUACCAUUCUUAAACUCCAGUAGGCAGAACACUGCUGGAGAAGAUCACACCACUGUAAAUGCAAGUACCCCUACAAAUUCAUGCUCUCCACCCAUAGUUAUUCCAUUAAUAACGUUGUCUCUUGUAAAAUCCUGUACUCAGACCAACCCUCCUCAUUCUCAGCAGAUGACCUUCCGUCUUCAUUCGUUGAGAAAAUUGAGGGUACUAGAUAUUAUGCCUCUUUCAACUUUCUGCCCCACAGCUAUAAAAAAAAAAAAAGAUCUAUCUAUAUUAAAACUUCCUUAAGCUCUACUGUUAUUGUUAGGUUGUUGUUAGUUACUGUCAAGUCGGUUCCAACUCAUAGUGACCCUAUAUAUAACAGAACGAAACACUUUCCGGUCCUGUGCCAUCCUCACAGUUGCUGCUGCACUUGAGCCCAUUGUUGCAGCCGCUGUGUCAAUCCAUUUCAUUGGGGUCUUCCUCUUUUUCACUCACCCUCUAACAAGCAUGAUGUCCUUCUCCAGGGAUUGGUCCCUCCUGAUAACAUGUCCAAAGUAUGUGAUACAGAGUCUUGCUGCCUUCGUUUCUAAGGAACAUUCUUGGCUGUACUUCUUCUAAGACAUAUCUGUUCAUUCUUCUGGCAGUCCUUGGUCUAUUCACUAUUCUUUGCCAGCACCAUAAUUCAAAUGUGUCAAUUCUUCUGUCUUCCUUUUUCAUUGUUCAGCUUUCACAUGUGUAUGCGGCAAUUGGAAAGAUCAUGCUUCGGGUCAGGUGCACCUCAGUCAUUGAAGUGACAUCUUUACUAGCUCUCCUAGUUGUUCUUUGCGUUCUUUUAUGUAUCUACUCCCUCUCUGCGGGCUUUUUAUUGUCUGUAAAAAUGUCAGUCUCUCGUCCCCAGCACAUUCUGUCAGUCCCACAUGUCUGUUUGGCUACCCUUUAAUAAACUUGGUCUUCCUCUUCUCAUUCAAACGUCUUAAGCAUAGUCUACCAUUUCUGCUUCUACUUCCUUCACUAUUCAACUAAUAUAAUGUGGUUUAUGCUCCCAGUAUGCUGGUGGAACUUCCUUUAGCAGAGUCAAGAAAGGACAUAAGUUUAUCUUACUGGUCCUUUUGCUGCCUUUAACAUUAUUGAGCAUUCUCUUUUUCUUCUUUCUUGCUUAGGUCUGUUGAGUAUCAUUUAUAUGCAAUAAAAUUCACCCUUUUUAACAUUCAGUUCUGUGAGUUUUAACAAAUGUACACAGUUACAUAAUCACCACUACAAUCAAGUUACAGAAUAGUUCCAUCACCCAGAAAAUCCCAUCACCCAAAAAAUUACCUCACAUUUGGGCCUUUUUCUAUUGCUGUUCUUAUUCUAUACAUUCUUCAUUGGUGAUUUCAUCUACUUUAAUUGUAGAUACCUCCCAGUGGUACACGCUAAUAACUUCCAAAUGUUUAUCUUCUUCCCAGACUUCUGUGGGCUUCAGUCUUAUAUUUCCAACUGCCUGCCAAAUAUCUCCACUUGGAGAUCCCAGAGUCACCUCAAAUGCAACAUUUCUAAUACUAAACUCAUUACUUAUCCCCCUAAACUUGUUCCUUUAUUUCAGUUAGUAGCACUAGCUUUAAUCAAGCAAAAAUCCUGAGGUACUGUGGAUGGACUUCUUCCUUGAAUCACUUUUUCUUCACAUCCAAUCAUUCAACAAGCUCCCCUGAUUUUACCCAAUACAUUUGUUGAAAUUGCCUACCACUGCCUUAGGUCUGUACUUCUCCCUGGACCUCUCUCAUUUCCCUGGCUCCAGUUUUGUCCCCCUUCAGAUUUAUUCUCCACCAAGUAGCCAUUCAUCUCUUUAAAACACAGAUCUGGCCUUGUCACUCCUCCUCCACAUUGCUGCCUAAACCCUUCAGGGUAUUUGGGGGCAAUCACCUGUAAGAUAAACUACAGGUUUUAUAACACUAUUAUAUAGUGGUUAAGAUCAGGGCAACAAAGGCAGACACCAUUGAGCCCUAGCCUUUCCCUUUUCCUACCUCUGUGACCUUGGGUCAGUUUCUUAACCUCUUUGAGUCUAUUUGCUCAUCUAGAAAUUGAGGAUAAUAAUAGUAUUUACUUCAUAAAGUUGUAGUGAAGAUGAAAUGUGAUAAUAUGUAAAGCACUUAACACAUGGUCUGACAGAUAUUAAGCACACUAUAAAUGUUAAAUGUUAUUCAUACUUCCAUUUUCAGCUACUGUUAAGUGUCCAAGUGUACCCUGUGAACUGUACUAAUAUACAGAACAGAUGAGUGUUGUCAUUACUGCCCUCUGAAAUUUAUGUUCCAAAGAAGAGAGGCUCACAGAAGAUGAUGCCUUCUGAAGAGUUCUUAAUCAAAUCCAGGACAGGAAAUGGUGUAAAACCCUUUAGGAAAGUCCCUAUGCAUAUUUAACUUUAAUUACAAGUUUUUGUACCCAUUACCGCAUUUAAUAUUCACAAUGGUCAAACACAUCUUAAGGUGAUCUCUGCUGUCGUUGGGAAGGGAAAAGAAAGUAUGCUUAGAACAGUCAAUUUUAGGAACAGUCUGUGCAAUUGAAGCCUAAGGCAUUCAUAAAAAAGAGGAUAGUAAUAACAUCCAUCAUGGACUUCCUAUUAGGAGUAGGAGAGUAGGAAGAAAGGCAAAGAGAAAAUGGAAAGGAAUAGAAAAAAAUGAAUAGGACAGCAAAAAAGUGGAAGCAAUCCAGAUGUCAGUGAAUGGAUAAACAAAAUAUGGUAUAUCCCUACAGUAGAAUAUUAUUCAGCCAUGAAAAGGAAUGAAGUACUGAUUCAUGCAUACUAAAACAUGGCUGAACCUGCUACAUUAACAAAGUUACAAUCACAUACUGUAAUUCCAUUUAUAUGAAAUGUCCAGAAUAGGCAAAUUCAUAGAAACAAAGUAGAUUAAUGGUUGCCAGAGGUUAGGGGAAAGGGAGAAUGGGGAGGAAUUGCUAGUGGGCAUGGAGUUUCUUUGCUGUUCUAAUUUUAGAACAUUUCUUUACUGAAAAUGUUCUAAAAUUAGAUAGUGGUAAUGGUUGCACAACUCUGAAUAUACUACGGACUACCGAAUAGUAUACUUUAAAAUGGUGACUUCAUGGUAUGUGAUUUUUAUCUCAAUAAAGCCGUUAUAAAAAAAAAAAGUAAUAGGGCUGUGAGUGGUUGUGCCACAGCAUCUUUCUAAGGAUUGGUCAGAGGCGUCUGCCUAAAAACUUAAAGCUGCAAACCAUAGGAAAGCUAUUGCUUAGAAAUUCCAGAAGUAGGUUUCAACAAGAACACCGUAAUCAACAGCACCAGAGAUAGAGGAGUGUUGGGGUACAGCCAAAAAGCAUAUCAUCUUUUGACUUUUUUUGCCUGAACUGUGUGUUAUUUUUAUUUUUUAUGAGUAGUUAUAUCUCAUCUAAGUUUGAGAGGGUAUUCUCACCUAGGUAUUCAAUGUACUACCUAUUAAGCAGCCAUUCUAGAGAUAUUAUUUGAUGUCACAAACAUGGAACACAUGACAGGGCUGGGAAAGCAGGGUGGUUCUUUGUGGUCAAACGUAUAAGGGAUCUGCAUUUUAGAAGUGAUGAUUCCCAGUUUCCUUUGUAUGUAACUUGGCUCUUGUAUGUUUUUGCCUCAGUGGAGCCAUCUUCUCUAAGUCCUUCUUCAACUCCUACCUAGCUUUGAGACCUCGCUUGACAAGUAUUUUAAGUGCACAUUCCCAAGAAAGUCUUGCAGAGAAAAUAUGGUUCCUGGGAACCAUUUAUCUGUCUAAGACAUGAGAAAGAUUUCUUGUUUCAGUGGGUGUAAGAUCCAGGCUUUCGGGUUAGCCUUCAAGGCUUUCUAUCAUUAUUUCUCCCUAGCUUUAAUUUUUUUUCUUGCCAAUUUCCCACAUCCACGUGAUAAGUGUUAAUUCCCAUAUUGUUGCCUUGAUGCUGUUUUCUCACGUUGUUGCUGCUGUUGGAUGCCAUUGAGUUGGUUCUGACUCCUAUCAACCCUGUGUACAACAGAACAAAACACUGCCCAGGGUUCUGUGCCAGCCUCACAGUUGUUAUGCAUGAACCCAUUGUUGCAGCCACUAUGUCAGUCCAUCUCAUCGAGGGUCUUCGUCGCUGACCCUCUACUUUACAAAGCACAAUGUCCUUCUCCAGGGACUGAUGCCUCCUGAUAACAUGUCCAAAGCAUGUGAGAGAAAGUCUUGCCAAUCUUGCUUUUAAGGAGCAUUCUGGCUGUACUUCUUCCAAGACAGAUUUUCCCCACCUUAGACUAUCUUAAAAAACCUGCUCAAGAUUUCAUUUUUUCAGUAUGACUGUCUUUACAAAACUUUCCAUUCUGGUAAUUCUUUGACUCUUUUAACACUUAAAUACAAUUAUAUCAAUUCAAAAUACUUAUACUUUAUGGUACAAUUUAUUCAUUCAAGUAUUGAUGGACACCUCAGAUGGGGCUAUUACAGUUAAAGUUGCUUUGAACAUCUGUGUACAAGUCUUUGUUUGGACAAAUUGCUUUCAUUUCUCUUGAGUAAAUACCUAGGAGUGCAGUGGCUGGAUUAUAAGUAGGUGUGUGUUUAAUUUUUAAGAAAUUGCAAACUUUUCUAAAAUGAUUGUACCAUUUUACAUUCCCACCCACAGUGUAUGGGAGUUGCAGGCUAUCAUUUUUCCGUUGUAUUUCCUUCAGACCUUUUUCAAAAAUUUGUUGUCCAUAUAUAUAGUCAUGCAUCACUUAAUGUCCACAAUAUGUUUUGUGAAAUAGGGCAUUAUGUUACUUGGAUGUUUUGCAAGCACGCCUAAAUCAUAAGCAAUAGCAUUCACUAAUUUUCCACCUUUUUGUUAAUAACCUUUUAUUUCGCUUAACAGAGCUAUCUGGGAUACUGUAGUAUACUUGUAUUGACUAAAUAGCCAAGAUAUUGUACAUGUACAGUAUUGUAUUUCAGCUAGUGUACCUGCAAGAUAAUAUGUGAGUUAAGUAGGUUAAUUAUUGGUGGUGUCGUUAAGUGCCGUUGAAUGGGUUCCAACUCAUAGUGACCCUACUUACAGCAGAAGGAAACACUGCCCAGUCCUGUGCCAUCCCCAUGUUUGUUGCUAUGCUUGAGCCCAUUGUUGCAACGACUGUGUCAGUCCAUCUCAUUGGGAUUCUUCCCCUUUGUUGCUGACCCUCCACUUUACCAAGCAUAAUGUCCUUCUCCAUGGACUGGUCUCUCCAGAUAACAUAUCCAAAAUAUGUGAAGUGAAGUCUCGUCAUCCUCACUUGUGAGGAGCAUUCUGGCUGUACUUCUUCCAGGGCAGAUUUGUUUGUUCUUUUGGCAGUCCAUGAUAUAUAUUCAGUAUUCUUUGCCAACACAACAACUCAAAGGUGUCAAUUCUUCUUCAGUCUUCCUUAUUCAUUGUCCAGCUUUCACAUCCAUAUGAGGCAAUUGAAAACACCAUGGCUUGGGUCAGGCACACCUUAGUCCUCAAAGUGACAUCUUUGCUUUUUAUCACUUUAAAGAGGUCUUUUGCAGCAGAUACACGCAAUACAACACAUCUUUUUGAUUUCUUGACUGUUGCUUCCAUGGACGUUAAUUGUGGAUACAAGUAAAAUGAAAUCCUUGAUGACUUCGAUCUUUUCUCCAUUUAUCGUGAUGUUGCUUAUUGGUCCAGUUGUGAGGAUUUUGGCUUUCUUUAUGUUGAGGUGUAAUUCAUACUCAAGGCUGUAGUUUUUUUAUCUAUAUCAGCAAGUGCUUUAGGUCCUCUUCACUUUCAGCAAGCAAGGUUGUGUUAUCUGCAUAUCGCAGGUUGUGAAUGAGUCUUCCUCCAGUCCUGAUGCCCCGAUCUUCUUCAUAUAAUCUUGCUUCUCAGAUUAUUUGCUCAACAUACAGAUUGAAUAAAUAUGGUGAGAAGAUACAACCCUGACGCACGCCUUUUCUGAUUUUAAACCAUGGAGUAUCCCCUUGUUCUGUUUGAAUGACUGCCUCUUGAUCUAUGUACAAGUUCCUCAUGAGCACAAUUAAGUGUUCUAGAAUUCCCGUUUUUCGCAGUGUUAGCCAUAGUUUGUUGUGAUCCACACAGUCAGACACCUUUGCCUAGUCAAUAAAACUAGCUGGUUAAUUCUUUAUAUAUAAUAUAAUAAUACAUUGUAAAUAUACACUACUGUAUGCAUAAGCUAAUAUGUAAUCUGUACUUAACCACAACUGGAGCUUUCAGGGCUAAGGUAGUGCUGAGUGAGUCUAAAGGCUGUUGCUGGUACAGUUCUAUACUGUACUAGAUACUGAGUUUACUCUAAAUUACUGUAUGUACACUAUAAUAUACUGUACAGCUCUGUGUAUGUCUUGGUUAUCUAGUGCUGCCAUAACAGAAAUACAACAAGGGGUUGGCUUUAACAAAGUGAAAUUUAUUUUCUCCCAGUCUGGCAGGUUACAACUCCAAAUUCAGGGCAUCGGCUCCAGGGAAAGGCUUUCUCACUCUGUCGGCUAUGGAGGAAGGUCCUUGUCCUCAAUCUUCCCCUGGUCAAGGAGCUUCUCAGGCACAGGGACCCCAUGUCCAAAGGACGUGCUCUGCUUCUGGUGGUGCUUUCUUGGUGAUAUGAGGCCCCCAACUCUCUACUUGCUUCCCUUUCCUUUUAUCGCUUGAGAGAGAAAAGGUGAUGCAGGCCACACCCCAGGGAAACUCCCUUUUGGAUCAGGGAGGUGACCUUAGUAAGGGUGGUGUUACAAUCCCACCCUAAUCCUUUUUAACCACAGGUAGCAAUUAUGAUUUUUAACACAUCGGAAAAUCACAAAAUGGAGGACAACCACACACAGCCUAACCAAGUUGAUACACACGCUUUUGGGUGGUCAUAAUUCAGUCAAUAACACGUGUCAGCAACAGCUCUAUUAAUUCUUGUAAUCUCAUCAUCCUUUUCAAAUCCUUUAAAGUCAUGCACAUACCACUUAAGUAUUUUUUUCCAUAUGCCAUUCAUGUACUCUUUGGUCACAUCAUCCCAGGCCCAAGCAACGUUCUUUCUGUGGUAAACGUUAUUAUUCUUUCCAGAAGUGCAUCAUUGUCUUGCCAGUGUCAUCAGCUGCAGCAAUAGCUUGAACAAAGGUCCUCCUCAAGUAGUAGGCUUUGAAUGCCGCAAUAAUCCUUGGGUCCACUGGCUGGGUUAGAGAGUGGUGUUUAGUGGGAGGAACACUACUUUGAUGUUGGGGCGGAGGUCAGUAAUGAAAGGAGGAUGUCCUGGAGCAUUGUCUACAAUUAGCAAAAUCUUGAAAGAUAUGCCUUCUUCCAAGCAGUACUUCUCCACUUCACUGGCAUAGCAAUUGAGAAGGGCAUCCUGAAACAGCAUUUGUGUCAUUCAGGACUUUUUAUUGCACCUGUAAUAAACUGGUAGAAUGUGCUUGUUAACGUCUUUGAAAGCCCUGGGGUUUUCACUAUACUAAGUAACAGAUGACUUUAACUUGUAACCAGCAGCAUUGUCUGCUGACAACACUGUGUCACUCUGUCUUUAAAAGCCUUAAAGCCUGGCAUUGACUUGGCCUCUUUAUGGAUGAAGGUCCUUUCAGGCAUUUGCUUCCAGAAUUAAGGAGGUUUUGUCCAUAUUAAAAAUUUGCUGGGACAAAUAACCUCCCUCUGCAAUUAGUUUAUCUAACGUUUCAACAAAUUCUUCUGGUGCCUUCUCCUCAGCACUCACAGACUGAAGGCUCACUUUCACAUUAUGCAGCGAAAAAAGUUUGAAGUGCUUAAACCACCCAGAGCUGGCACUAAACUUGAUAUUGUAGUCUCAUCCUGCUUUUUCUUUACCCAUCUUGAACAAGGUUCAUGCCUUAGCUGUGAUCAUCAAGGUGCUGAGAGGGAUUCACUUUUGUGCUGGGUCCUCAGUGCACGUCAUUAGCAAUUUCUCCUUAUCUGAGAUGGGUCCCUCUCGCGUUUUGGUUGGCCUUAUAGCUUUCAGUGGAGCCGAUCCUGUAAUAGCUUAGAGAAAUUUUUCUUUGUUUUUGUGAACCGUUGUGAUUGUUGACUAUAACAUGCCUAAAUCUUGAGCAGUAGCAUUCACGGAUUUUCCACCUCCAUGUUGUUUAAUAACCUUUUGUUUCACUUCCAAAUCGAUCCUUCUCCUUUGCCUCUUGCUGCUGCUGUCACUAGCACUGGUUUUGCUGCGUUUAGGAGCUGUGAUGCACUUCACAGUAAUGUUUUUGAAAGAACAUUAAAUAAAAAGAACUUCAGUGCUACAGCAACACUCAAGAGACACAUGAUACAUGAGACUAGAUGCUGCUGCCUAUGAGUCGAAGCGUACACUGGUACACAGCAAACUUUUUAUUUGUAAGUAAGGAAAGUUCAUAUUCAAAUAAUGAUAGAAAGUACAGUACAAUACAUACAUAAGCCCAAAACAUAGACAUUUAUUAUGAUUGUCAAGACAUGUAUUAUGGUUAUGUAUGUACUGUACCAUUCUGGCAGCACAAGAGACAUGCGAUACAUGCGUUGCAUGCAGAAAGCUGUUGAGUUUUCUGUGUCUAGUUACAUCUGCUAUGUCUCAUUCUCCGAUUGGGAUUUCUAAACUCUAUUACAACCUUAUGGGACCACAGACGUUAUAUGGCACAUGACCGUAUGUGGGUCUUUUUCUGAAUUCUCUAUUUUGUUCCAUUGAUCUAGUUGCCUCUUCUGAUGCCAUUACCACACUGUUAGGAUUACUGAGACUUAAUAAAAAGUCUGGAAAUUAGAUAACAUUAAAUCUUCCAACUUUUUUCUUUUUCAGAGUUGUUUUGGUUGUUCCAAGACCUUUGCUUUUCUAUAUUAACUUUAAGGAUCAGUUUUCUUCUGCAAAAAAAAAAACCUGGUGGAGAAUUUGAUUGGAUUUACAUUGAAUCUACAGAUCAAUUUGGGAAGAAUUGACAUCUUACAACAUUGAGUCUUUCAACCCAUGAAUAUAGUAUAUCUCUCCACCUAUUUAAUUCCUUUUUUAAAUUCUCUCAGCAGUUUUUUUUUGUAGUUUUCAGUGUACAGAUCUUUUGUAUAUUUUAUCAAAUUCAUAUUUUUGAUGCCUUUGUAAACAGUAUUUUUUAUUUCCAUUUUUAUUGUUUACCACUAUUAUGUGGAAAUAAAACAGCUCUUGUAUCCUGCAACCUUGCUAAAUUCAGUUACUAGUUUUAAUAACUGUCUUAACUGGAUGCAUCUUUUCUUUUUUCAUGACAUGUUGCACUGGCCAGAACUUUCAGUACAAUGUUGAAUAGAAGUAGAGCUAAUAUUGUUUUGUGUGAUUGUGUGCUUUAGGUGAAAGUUUACGGAGCAAAUUAGUUUCUCACUUAAAAACUUAUACACAAAUUGUUUUGUGACAUCGGUUUCAAUCCCUGCAAUGUGUCAGCACUCUCCUCCUUUCCACCCUGGGUUCCCCAUUUCCAUUCAUCCAGUUUUCCUGUCACUUCCUGCCUUCCCAUCUUUACUUUUGGGCAGGUGUUGCCCAUUUGGUCUCCUAUACUUGAUUAAUCUAAGUGACAUGUUCCUCACGUGUGUUAUUGUUUGUUUUAUAUUCCUGUCUAAUCUUUGGCUGAAAGGUGAACUUCAGGAGUGGCUUUAGUUCUGAGUUAGAAGGGUGUCUGGGCAAAUAUUCUUUUCUUGUUCUUCUCAAGGAGAAAGCAUUCAGUCUUUUAUCAUUGAAUAUGUUAACUGUAGGUUUUUGCCUUAUCAAGUUGAGGAAAUUCUUUUGUAUUCCUAGUUUGCUGAAGUUUUUAUUUUAAUCAGGACUAUAUAGUAGAUUUUGCCAAAUGAUAUUCGUGCAUCUAUUGAGACAAUCAUGUUUUUGUUUUUUUAGUUAUUAAUUAUUUGAUUGAUAUUACUUGACUGAUAUUUGAAUGUUAGAUCAACUUUGCUUUCCAAAACUUGGUCAUAAUAUAUUUUUCUUUUUAUAUAUUGUUGAGGUUGAUUUGCUAAAAUUUUUCAUAGGAUUUUGUAUCUAUGUUCAUGAGGAAUGUUGAUCAGUAUGUUUCUGGUAAUGUCAUGUUUUGGUAUCUGGGUAAUGCAGACCUCAUAGAAUGAGUUGGGAAGUGUACUUUCCUCUUCAGUUUUCUGGAAGAGUCUGUGUAGAAUUGGUAUUGUUUCUUCCCUAAUUUGGUAGAAUGCACCAAUUAAGCCUUACAUGCAAAAGAAAAGAAAAGAAAAAAAUACAGCCUAUAAUGAGAAAAAUAAAUCAAUUGAAACAUUUACAACUGACAUAAUUGUUAGAAUUAGCAGGCAAAAUCAUUAAAUAGUUUUUAAGUAUGGUUAUUAUAACUAUUUCACAUAUCCACAAGUUAAAUAGAGAUAUGGAAUUGACAUAAUUGGAAAAUACCCAAUUGAUAAAACCAAGAAACAGAGAAUUAGUAAGAAUAUAGAAUACUUGAACAGCACAAUCAUCCAACUUGAAGUAAUUGACAUGUAUUGAAUACUUAACAACAGCGGAUACACAUUCUUUUCAACUGCACUUGGAAAAUUAACCAAGGUGGAUCAUACUGUGGGCCAUAAAACAAGUUUUAAUAAAUUUAAAAUGAUCAAAGUCAAAGCAUUUAUGUUCUCUGACCACAGUAAAAUUAAAUUGAAAACCAAUAAUGAAAUAUCCCUGGAAAAUUCUCCAAGUAUUUGGAAACUAAAUUACACACUUCUCUAUAACCCAAGGGUCUAAGAAGAAAUCAAAAGGAAAAUUAUGAAGUAUUUUAAACUGAAUGAAAAUGAAAAUCCAACAUAUCAAAAUUUGUAGAAUGCUGCUUGCAUUGAUUUCCUAUUUCUGCUGUAACAAAUUACCGCAAACUUUGUAGAUUAAAACAACACAAACUUAUUAUCUUACAGUUUUGGAAAUCAGAAGUCUGAAAUGGGCUUUACUGGGCUAAAAUUGAGGUGCCAGUAGGACUGUGUCCCUUGUAGAGUCUUUAGGGCAAAGUCUGUUCCCUUGACUUUUCCAGGUGCCAUAGGCUGCCUGCGUUCCUUGGCUUGUGGCCCUCCCUCCAUCUUUAAAGCUAGCAGUGUAGCAUUUUAAAAUCUCUUUCUGAUUUUUCUGCUUCCCUCUUCCACUUAUAAGGACCCCUUUGAUUAUAUUGGAUCCACCAAAUAAUCCAAGAUAAUAAUCCCCUAUCUCAAAAUCCUUACUUGAUCACAUCUGCAAAAAUUAGCUAAAUAGCCCUGUAUCUACUAAAGAAAUUGAAUCUGUAGUUAAAAACUAUCCUACCAAGGAUACUUUUAAAUUGGUGAUGCUUAAUAUUAAAUUUGGAAGUUUAAAUUUUUAAAUUGUGUAAUAGAUGUCUGUUUUUUAUAUAAUCUAAGUCUAGAGUAGCCCUCAUUUUGUUAUAUUUUUUUGGUCCAGUGGUAGGCCCUGGAGAGACUAGCUCACACUACUCAAGUUUCUUGUGAAGCAGUCCUACAGCAGAAAGCUUAUUCUUAAUAUAUAAUGGAAAACAUAAUUACCAAGCCAACCAUUUCAUUUCAAGUAGCAGGUGCAGGCAAGAUGCUGGAAACACUGAUAGACUUACCCUCUCUAGUAUUUCUUUUGGUUGACAUCUCACAAUGGUCCAUCAUCCUUUUUCAUAUUUUAUCACCAUCAUUCUCUUUUCCAGUUCAUUUACAUGUCCACUGUAAAACGUCUUUAAAACACCAUUAUAUUUUAUCAGAAAACUGAUCCUUCUCUCACCUGGAUUUCUUUGCUCUGUGCCCAGUGUUUUAGAUAAAUCAUCAAAUUUUUCUAGAUCCCUAUGAGGGCGUGUGAAAGAAAGAAGGAAGGACAAAAUUGGAUCUCCACCCCCAAGAAACUUUGUUAAGGGAGACAAAGCUCUUGAAUGUAAUACAAUCAGAAAGAUUUAGGGUCUCAAAGUUGGGAGAAAAGAUAGAAAAGUAAAAAACUCAAGCAUAAAAAGGGACUAGAACUGGGUGUUAAGAGUGGGAGCCCUCACUGAAAGUUCCAUUAUUGGAACGUUCUACUCUGUUUACGUACAACCCUAUGAUAAUGCACUUGAGUCCUUCCUUCACCACUUUUCAUAGCCUCAUCUCAGUUUUGUGGCACUUGAGUCUGGAGACCCAGACUUCAGACACAUUCAUCCGAGGUCUUAGAGCUAGGGAGUUCCUGUUGUAUUUCAAAAGAACAGAGAGCUAGAAGGGAAACUUUUUAUAAUUUCGGGUCUCUUACCUGACUGUUGUGUGGUCUCAAGACUUUUAGCUGGUCUACUCAAUUCAGAUACUUCCAGAACACAUCUCAUCCUUAUUGGCAGAUUGUUGGGUAAAAAAAUUGGAUAUCUCCUGUCAACCCAGAAAAUCUUCCUCAGAUACAGAAAAGAAAGAAAAUAGCUUUAUUAUUGAAAAGCAUUAAACCAGACUCUGAUGUGCAUCACAGGCAAUUCUCUAAUGAGAUUGCAAAGACAGAAGGGAAUCUCACCUUUUUAUAUAGCAAGGCAGAUAUAAUCUAUUACAUGUUCUCAAGAUAAAUGAUAACUUGUCCUGACUUACCAGCCCUUUUUGCUGGUAUAUACUUAGUUCAUCAAAAUUCACCUGGUAAUUUGGGUUGGCUGUCUGUGUCAGUUAAUUGCCUUUAUCCAAAGAAAAAAUAGAACUUCUGUUUACGACAAGCUGGUAGUUACAGGUUGGGACCAGGUACCUAGGCUUAACUCCCAUGGUGACAGGAAGACAGGGGUACUAUCUUCCUUGAUGUUUACAUUUUGAAAAGAUGGUUCUUGGGGCCCUUAACAAAAAACAUCCCUGGGUAGUGAACCUGGUAAGAGCCAUUUUUAGCUUUUAAAAAGAUUUACAUAUAUACCGAAUAGAUAGGGGAAGAUUUACUGUCACAGCAAAGGGAAAGGGGAAGGUCUCUUUCCCUUUUAGAAUGUGGGGAAAAAAAUUUUUUUUUUAACUUUUUCAGUUUACUUGUGCAACUGCCUGAUGAGUGGAAGAAAUAAGCAGUAAAGAAGAAAUGUUGAAGUAAAAAGAAGCAUUAAGUUUUCUGACGUGGUAUCUUUAUUAAUAGUUGCAUUUCCAUUUAUAUUGCAAAGCUAGAGGAAUACCUUGGGAUUAAAAUGAACCAGGUUACCUUAAAAUGAACCAAGUUACCUCUCAUGUGUUAUCAACUCUUUCACAUUCUCUUCUAUGGAAUGAUGCUCUUCUCAUUUUUCAAUACAAAAAUAAUGCUAUCUGUCUUAGAUGUCUAGUGCCACUAUAGCAGAAAUACCACAAGCGGGUGGCUUUAACAAAGAGAAAUUUAUUCUCUCACAGUCUAGAAGGCUAGACGUCCGAAUUCAGGGUGCCAGCUCCAGGAGAAGACUUUCUGUCUGUCAUCUCUGUGGGAAGAUCCUUAUCAUUGGUCUUCCCUAGUUAAGGGGCUUCUCAGCACAGCGACCCCGAACCCAAAGGACAUACUGUUCUCCUGGCUCUUGUUUCUUGGUGGUAUAAAGCCCCCAUGCCUCUCUGCUUCCUUCUCUCUUAUAUCUUAAAAGAGAUUGGCUCAAAAGACACAAUCUGAUCUUGUAGAUUGAGUCCUGCUUCAUUAACAUAAAUGCCACUAAUCCUAUCUCAUGAACAUCAUAGAGAUGGGAUUUACAACACAGGAAAAUCACAUCAGAUGACAAAAUGGUGGACAAUCAUACAGGACUGGAAAUCAUGCCCUAGCCAAAUUGAUACACAUAUUUUUGGGGGGACACAGUUCAAUCCAUGACAGUAUCUGAGGGCUCCAUAAAUUCUCCAGAUCCUCCAGAGAUCAAAAAGCAUAUGCAGAAUUAUAAUGUUCCCAGUAAUAUUAACACAGCUUUUAAAAUUUAUUCCAAUUAUACUUUUAUAGAGAGCAGUCUGUCCCACAAUUCAAGGAAGAAGGUCUCCACUUCAGUCAUUGCAGUGCAACAGACUACUUUUAUGUGCCUUUCUCACCAUGGUCUUGUAACUCCUACCAAGUGAUUGAGUGGGACUAGCAAAUGAGGUGCUUUUGGCCCACCAAUGGGAUUGGAUAGCUUGCUAAUACAAACAAGGUGCAUGCCACUGUUGUGGCAUGGGACCAUACAAAUAAGGUUUGUGGAACUCUAACAAGGGGAUCGGUCAGUUUUGCCAUCCCCUUAAAAUGAACCAUGCCAGAGGUGGAGAGUGGGGAUCUCACUACCACCAAGAAAGAAGAGCCAAGAGUGGAGCACACCCUUUGGACCUGGGAUGUAUAUCCUCUUUGGUGAAAUGUCUGUUAAUUGCCUUUGCCCACUUUUUGAUUGGGUUGUUUGUCAAAUUGAAUACAUAGGGAUUUUGGCAGAGUGGAUUUGUUAGGAUAAUUUCUACUGAAAGACUAACACUGUAAAGGUUUAAAUUCCUGUUUACAGGCCAGUGAAAAAAGAUGAUUAUAAAACUAAAUAUGCACUGUGCAUGUAACUAUGUUUUUUAAAUGCCAGGAAGAAAGUAGACCAAAAUGUUUGCAAUAUUUCAGAGGUAAUACAUGAUGGUUUUUUUCAGCUUGGUAUCUGUCUGAACUUUUAAAUGUUCUUCAAUGAUUAGAAAAAAACGAUGUAUUAUAGGUAUUUUUCAUUUUAAAAAAUGCCAGAUAAUAUGUAAAUAAGCUAACUAGUUCCAUUCAUCUAUCCUAAAUUUCUGCCUUAAGUGCCAAGGCCGCCCCCAUCCCUGUUUUUUGGAAUUUUUUUUUAAGUGUUAAGGUGGAUCAUAGUCUCUACAUGUGUAGGAACUGUGACUGGGAGGAAUAGAAGAGAAUAAUGUAGAUAAGGUGAGACUCUGCCAAUGAUAGCAGUAAUGUUUGUCCUUCUUAUAUUUACUGUGCAGCACUUCUGACAUCUCUCAGAGUCAGGAUUCCAGGUUCAAGAACCAUGACUUAACUACUUGGAGUUGUUGUUUAAGAGCUCGUAUUUCAGCAAAGAAAAGGGAAGAGUUUAUGUUCUAGAUCAUGUUUUUACAGAGGAUACUUCCUCAGAAUGCAUGAUAUCCCUUGUCUCUUAAUUCUUGACUCUUCUAUGAUCAACCAUUUUACUUAGUAAUUUUUCUCAGUAUUCUAACUGCCUCAAGCUUCACGGAUAUCUGUUUUUGAAAACCCACAUGGAUUUAAUACCAGUAAAUUUAUGAAUCUUUUACAUUAGCCCUAGCUGUCUUUUUCCUAGUUCCAGUGGUUAUCUCAGAUUGCACAGGGAUAGUUGCUAGCUCAUAGUUUGCAGGAAUAGCAACUUGACUCCCAUAGAGCCCAUUAAAAAAAAUUAAUAAAUGAUGGACUCUCCCACUUAUGGGAGUGACUUGACAGAUGUAAAUCUUAAGAUGAAGUUGUUGCCAGUCAUAACGGUUUUGAUGUGGCACAAUUUUCUGAGGUCUGUAUUUCAUUCAUGGAAUGAGAGUUGAAAGCAGGAACAGUUCUAACUUGAUGUAAUCAUCUCCGUAAUUCUAAAACCUCUGGCAGAGAGAAGGCAAAACAUCAUCCUAAAACUCAGUGACUAAACUUUUCUAUGCUCCUAACAUUUUUCUGAAUUUCUAUACUAGUCACUUCAUAAAAAGAGCAUUGAUGAAAAACAAGUAGUUUUUUCCCCCCAAUAAUGUAAAAAUGUUCAUGGAUCUUGAAAUCAUAGUGUUGCUUUUUUGUUUGUGUUUACUUGUAAUUUUGAUGUAUAGCUAUAUGGUUUUAGUUUUUAAAAGAUGUCAUUUCCUCUCCUUUUGAUAUUUUUCAAGUAGUGGAAAUUAAGUGUACCUAUACCAAUUUUGUUCUCAUUGGAAGGAGGAGGGCUUCCUUGUUUACCACUAAGUCCAGAUAAUCAUGAAGCUCAUGCAGAGAUUGUCACUGCAGGACAAGAAAGAGGGAAAAAAUCUGUCUUUGUCCUUGGAAUUUCAAUAAUACCUCUUUCACAUGGGGCUGCCAUUAUUUGUUCAGUCAACCAAUUUGAGUGUUCAUUCUGUGUAGGGUAGUUUGUUGGGCAGUAUGGAUGAUGCCUUAAAGGAUGUUUUUAAGCAGAAGAAUAACUUAGUCAAAUUAUUCAGAAAGGCCAUCAUUUGAUGUUUUGAAGUAAGACAGUGCAGUAAGAUAUUAUCUCAUAGUUAAAUUAAUGCAAUAGUAAGGGCCUAAUAAUCUAAAGUGUCAGUCAUGGGAAUGAACUAGAUAAAAAGAACAAAUCCGAGAUGGUAUCUUAAAUUUAAUUCCCUUGUUCUAGCUAAUUUGAUAUGAAUUGUCCUGUACAUCUGGAGGUAUCUAUCACUUGUCUUCCCACCCCCAACUCUGGCACGCCCAAUUUUCUUGCACUUCCCCGUGAGUAAUGGUAGGAGAAGGGAUGUAUAGCACAAUCUCAGUAGUGUGUAUGUAUCUGUGUGUUUUCAGUUUUUAAAAGAACUAUAUCCCUAAAGAGGUGUGUGCUCUUUCUGUCUACCUCUUGUGAUUUACUAUUUUAAAUCAAGACUUAAAAGAGCCACUCAAAUAGCCACUUGAACAGGAUGAGUAACAAUUUCUGUUGGGUAGGUAGUUAGUUACUUAAGGAGCCCUGGUGGUGCAGUGGUUAAAGAGCUCAGCUGCUGACUGAAAGAUCAGUGGUUUGAACCCACCAGCCACUCCACGGGAGAAGAUGUGGCAGUCUGCUUCAGUAAAGAUUUUACAGCCUUGGAGACCCUAUAGGGCAGUUCUCUUAUGCUCUAUAGGGUCACUGUGCGUCAGGAUCUACUAGAUGGCAGUGGGUUUUGAAGUAGCUACUUAAAAAAAAAAAAAAAAAGCAAAGUAUGUUAAAUGUCUUAUGUUUGUUACCCAUGGAAGAAAUGUUUUGCUUAAUGUUUUUGGGUGCAUUUGAUGUAUGCUUGCGGAGAAAAGUUUAUCUUUCUUUUUAUCUGCACCUUACUUUGGUAUUUAUUGUUUAGAGAGAACUACUCCUGAGUUUAUAUUCAAUCCCAAGGAAUCCUCCAGAAAGUGGCCAUCCCCUUUUUCGUGAGUGGAAUUUAGAGGUCAAUUCAUACUUAUGUGAAAUAAAAUAAAAUUUAAAAUGUGUACAUUCCCCAAACUAUAGUGCUUAAGAGGAUUCUGUUUUGGAAGCAGAAUUUAAAUCACAAGCAUUUUGGAGAGAUACACGUAAAACAGACUGCUUAUGUGAAAUCAGGAGAUCCAUAAAAAAUGUAAACGAAUGUAAAUACACCAAAGAAGGAAUACAGAUUCAGUGUAAGACAGUGAGGCACUAGCAGAGUUAAAUCUUCCUAUUGUUUCCAUAAUCUGAGUUUCAUACCUUAAGAAAAUUGUUUACCUUGUGUACACCACAAAGGAAGAAUAACAGCAGGUAUGAUAAUAUUUUCUAGCUCAUUAUGGCCCUGAGGGGAAAGGUAAAGAAUAAUUGGUUGGGAUGUGUGUAAUAAUAAUUGGUUUGAGGAGAUUUAAAGAGCAUUUCAGUGCAGUAAUUAUGAGAAGAAAAGUGUUAGAUGUCUUUUUGUCCUUGUUCCCAAGAACAGUUUGUGUGUUCGCUAUUUACUGUUCUUCCAAAAAAAUUUGAGACUGUUCCAGAGGGAUUGGUUGAUUUAGUCUCUCCAUGUAUGAUCUUGUAUUUCCAUAGAGUAUCAGAUCAGGUGAUACCUUUCAGCUUUGUGUUUAUUUCUUUUUUGGUAAUGUCUCUAAAAGUAGCCUUCUUUUGACUAUUCUCCCUACCCUUUAUACUUGUAAAGUGUAACACUUCGUUCCUAUCUCUUGAUCCAUAUGUUGCCUUCUAUAGGAUUCUUUUAAUAUUUUCUAUUUACUAUCUGAUGGCAAUCUUUAAAUUGUACAUUAGUGUUAAAUGACUGGUUCUGUGAAAUUUGUAAGCCAAAUGACCUUAUAACAUUCUUUUGUAAGCUUAAUAUUCUAUCAAGAACAUCGGAUGCAAUAGAAUAAUCCCAUAAAAAGUUAUCUAUUUUCAUUUCUAAUUUUCACCCCAGCAGUAUGAAAGGCCAGGCCCUCAAUAAUGACUUGAGAUGGGAGCUGCAUAUUGUAGAAGUGCUGCCUGUCUGAUGAAAUCUUAAUCUAAGUGUCCUUUUUUUUGUCUAGAAAGCUUUAACAAACAUAAUCCUGAGCUGAAGUUUUUUAGACCUUAAAGGACCCUUAGAUACUAUCUCAUCUCACUCUUACACUUUUUAGUUGGAUAAUGCAGGAGCCUGAUAAGUGCUACUUGCUUAAUUUAAGAUCAGCUGGUUAACAAUAGAAAGCUGACCCAGAUCUUGAAUUGUCCCACAGGCCAAUUUUUCUUAGGAAGAUAUUCACCACAUAUUGAAUUGUAUGCUUAGGUAUGUUUUUACUGUGAUAGGAGAAAUCAGGCCGCCCAUUGGAAGGCUGUAUAAGCUGAUAUGAACAAUUUGUGUCUAAGAUAUUUGCCAUUGCAGUGUCUGAACCACAGCUACAUAAUUCCUUUAUCAUCCAACUAUCUCUUGGGUGUGACUGAAGCCCUUUUUUCUUCUGCCGGAUUUGAAUACAGGCAUCAUUGAGACCUAAUGUUUCCCAACAUGUGCUGAUGGUGAUAAGUAAUGGGCCCAAUCU